AUGGUCACUCCGAUGACCAUCAUUGUCAUUGUCGUCAUCAUCACUGUCAUCUUCAACUGCCAUUACUGGACCACGCUCUUCUAUCUUCCCUGUUCCUGUUCCGGCUUCUCCCCAGAUAUAUGGUUCGCCCAGCCAUGCGUGAACGCACCGCAGCAGGUGGGAGUGGGCGGUCCCCCCGAAAGCUCCAGCCCCCCCGUGGAAGCGGCCAAGGGCACAAACCCUGCUGCGGGGGGUGACCAGCACCUCCCGAAAUCGGGCUGCGGGGCUGCGAACAGGGGGAUGUGGGCGAAUGGCAGCGAGGGGGCAGCGGAGGGGGUCCCGGGCCGCCCCCCCUGGGUGCGUCCUGCCCUGGCGACCGUCCUGAUCGUCACCAUCGUGGGGGAUCUGCUGGGCAACGCACUGGUCAUCGUGUCCGUGGCCCGGAACAAGAAACUGAGGAACGCAGGAAACGCGUUCGUGGUGAGCCUGGCGGUGGCGGACCUGGUGGUGGCCUUGUACCCGUAUCCCCUGGUACUCAGCGCCGUCCUCCAGCGCGGCUGGAGCCUGGGCCCCUUGCACUGCCAGCUCAGCGGCUUCUUCAUGGGCUUGAGCGUCGUCGGCUCCGUCUUCAACAUCACCGCCAUCGCCCUGAACCGCUACUGCUCCGUGUGCCACGGGCCGCGCUACCUCCGCCUCUUCAGCGGCCGCCACACCGCGGGCUACGUGGCCCUGGUCUGGCUGCUGGCCCUCCUGGCCGUGGCGCCCAACGUGACGGUGGGCUCCCUGCGCUACGACCCCCGCAUCUUCUCCUGCACCUUCGCCCAGUCGGUGAGCGCGGCCUACACCGUGGCCGUGGUCUGCUUCCACUUCCUGCUGCCCAUGGCCGUCGUGGCCUUCUGCUACCUGCGCAUCUGGGGCCUCGUGUUGGGCCUCCAACGGCGGCGGGGUCGGCCGGUCCCCGGGCCUCGCCCCUCGCCCCAAGACCUCCGCAACUUCGUCACCAUGUUCGCGGUGUUCGUGCUCUUCGCCCUGUGUUGGGCCCCGCUGAACUUCAUCGGCCUGGCGGUGGCCGCCGCCCCCCGCCGGACGCUGCCCCGGCUCCCGGACUGGCUGUUCGUGGUCAGCUACUACCUGGCCUAUUUCAACAGCUGCCUCAACGCCGUCGUCUACGGGCUCCUCAACCGCCAAUUCCGCCGAGAGUACUGGAACCUCGCCUUGGGCCUCUGCCCCGCCGUGGACCACCAACCCCGCAGGCCCGGAGCCCAGGGCGAGACUCUCCCACGCGCCUCCCACGGUGACCGAGUCCGGGUGGAGUCGGUGUGA